AUGUGCCCUAAUUUACUUUUAGCCAAUCCUGAGAGGUCAAUUUUGCCUAAAUUUGAGUUUUUCAAAUCUUUGGGGAUCACAGAUGUUGAGCUUGCGAGUGUUUGCUCUUCAACUCCUGCUAUUUUGGGUCACAGUUUGGAGAACCUACUCAUUCCUAACUUUAAAUUCCUCAAAAGUGUGCCACUCUCUGAUGCUAAUAUUAUUAAAUCGUUUAGAAACGAAUCAUGGCUCUUUACGUUUGAUUUGGCAAAGAAUGUGUCUCCAAAACUUGCAGUCCUGAAAGAACUUGGAAUGCCCGCGCCAUUUAUUGCAUUGAUUUUAACAUGUUAUGCGCCUAUAGUCCUCCAAAAACGUGAGAAGUUCGAUAAAAAUUUCAAGAAGGUUCUUGAAAUGGGUUUUGAUCCUAGGAAAUGUGGGUUCAUCCAUGCAAUGAAGUGUUUGUCUCAAUGA